GAGCGUGGAGAAAACAGGUCCUCUUUCGAAAUGUGCUAAGUAUGGUGCUGGGCUUUGAAAAUGUAGUAGAAAAUGGAUGUAUGCAGUAUACGGGGAAAGGUUUACGUGGUGAUUAAAUCUUUACUUUUGUUACAUUGGCACUCUGGUGAAGGGAAUGUGGUUUCAAAGCUUCUGUUAUGUACAAUUUCUGAAGGAGAGCACAUGGAAAUAAAAAAAUAAAGAGUGAAGAAUCCUGGAAUAAAAAGACAAAAAUAUUCAAAGAACCGGAAAUCAAACACUAUCAAGAUGGAAAAGAAAGAAAGAAAGCCAAGUUAUUUUGCAAGGCUGAAGAAGAGAAAGCAGAUUAAACAAAAUUCAGAGAGAACCGCAGACAAAUCAUCUGAAGGCCUCCAACCACAAACAGGACAGGUUAAGCAGGAUAAAACCUCUAUUUCAGAAGCAGGAUUAAGUCUACCUUCAGACUUGAAGAAAUCAACAAAGGAAAACACUUCUGAUGAAGACAAGAAAAAGAAGAACUGUCAAAGGAAGGAGAUAAGACGCUCAGAUCUGAAAAAGAACUGUGGUGUAGAUGACAACCGAAAUAAAACUCGCACAAAGAAGGAGAAGAGAAGAGUUAUCCAGAAGCCCAGUGGGACAGUGGAAUAUACAGCGGGGCCCAAGGACACUCUAAAUUGUAUAGCUCUGAAGUUUAACAUUACCCCAAAUAGACUUGUGGAAAUCAACAGGCUGUUUUCUCAUACUAUUGUCCCAGGGCAGACGCUGUUUGUCCCUGAUGUCACCCAGCAACCCACUGAGACCAACUCCCUGUCUGUCAGCCCCUGCAGUCCUGCUUCAGCUUUCUCCUCUGAUGAUCCAGAGUUUGACAAAAUGUCGGAUGCUGACAGUGCCAGGAAAGCAUCAAAACCUCUCCACCGAAUUUUGUCUUCAGCCUCUGAAGAGGAGGAACCUUCAACAGUCAAGUUUCUCAAAAUGAGCUGUAGAUAUAUAACUGAUGGCAAGGGAGUAGUUGGUGGAGUAAUGAUUGUGACACCAAAUAACAUCAUGUUUGAUCCUCACAAGUCUGACCCCCUUGUAAUAGAGAAUGGCUGUGAAGAGUAUGGUCUCAUCUGUCCCAUGGAGGAGGUAGUCUCUAUUGCGCUAUAUAACGACAUAUCACACAUGAAGAUCAAGGACGCCCUGCCAUCCGACCUACCAAAGGAUCUUUGUCCCCUCUACAGGCCUGGGGAGUGGGAGGACCUCUCAUCUGAGCAGGAUAUCAAUCCUUUCAGCCGAUUUAAGGCCAUGAGCAAAGAGAAAUGCCUAGCAAGUGUGGAUGAGGCUGUGUAUGUCAAACAUGAAUCAGAGACCACAGAGAAGUCACUGUCAGAUGAAGGAUUCACUGAGAUAGAACCCCUUGUAACUGGAAACACUGAUGAAUCUCUGAUUGAACCAUUGGCAAAUGGUAUUUGUACUGGUUCCAGUGAUGACACUCAAAUAAAAAAAGGGACUUUAGAAGCUUUGGUCCAUCAGUCUAGUGCAGACAAGGAGCUGGUGGCACACAAGGAGCACACAUUAUAUCCUGUUGUUUCCAUGGGGUUAGAGGAAAGAGAAGAUCCUGAACUGGAGAAGGUAGGCUCUAACCAAAAUGCUCAGGAAACCCCUGUUUACAUUCACACAGAGAUUCCAAAAGGGAAAGCACUUAAAGAGGGAAAAUUGCCUGAUGAUGGACGUGGAGGUGAGACAGCACAUGCUACAGCUGAACCCUCAUAUGUAGAUUCAGCUGAAUCUGAAACACCCAAUGACACUUGUUUAGUUACAUCUGUUCAAGAAACCACUAUGGACCAGAACAGAAUGCUUAGCUCUUGUGAGAGAGCUGAAGUGUCUGCCAAGAAGAACCAGCCAGGGCCAGACCAGAGCACUGAUGCAUUAAAUGGAGAUGGGCCUCUUUCAGUACCACAGUCUGAGGAAGUGGAACAGCAGAACAGGGAAUCUGAAAUCAAGUCCUGGUUGUUCAAAAGGAUACAGGGACCAAUUGAGGAUAUGCUGCCGUCAAAAGAAGAGAAAAGUAAGAAGCCUCCAAUGUUCCUGUGUAUCAAGGUGGGGAGACCUAUGAGGAAGACAUUUGCAUGUCAGAGUGCAAGUCCAGCUCACCAGUAUGGAAGGAGAGGGAAACAGCCAGAGUACUGGUUUGCAGUACCCCAGGAAAGAUCAAACAGUAAAUAUGGGUCAGCAGCACAGUCAGUAUAUGGGGUGGACCAUCUGUACGCCUUCUUUGUGCAGUGGUCACCAGACAUUUAUGGCAAUGACGCCAAAGAGCAAGGAUUCAUUGUGGUGGAGAAGGAUGAGCUUGACAUGAUAGACAACUUCUUCGGUGAUCCAGUUCCAAAGAGUUGGGAGAUCAUCACUGUCAAUGAGGCAAAACGACGGCAGAGCUACUGUAGUUACGAGGAUGAGGAUGAAGAAGACCUGUUGCCUGCCCUGAAUGACCAAAGUGUGCUCUUGGAGGACACACACAUUGAGAAGCUGGCGCAGUGUCUGCCUGCAAGGACUCAAGGGUACCCUUGGCGACUGGUUUAUAGUACAGCAGUUCAUGGAACCAGCUUAAAAACCCUCUACCGCAACCUGGCCCACCUGGACAGCCCAGUGCUCUUGGUCAUUAAAGAUGUGGACAAUCAGGUAUUUGGAGCACUCACAUCUCAUCCACUUAAAGUUAGUGAUCACUGCUAUGGCACAGGAGAAACUUUCCUCUACACCUUUAGCCCAGAAUUUAAGAUCUUCAGGUGGAGUGGAGAGAACUCGUACUUUAUCAAAGGAGACACAGAUUCAGUAGAACUGGGAGGUGGAGGGGGACACUUUGGCUUAUGGCUGGAUGCAGAUUUGUACCAUGGUUCAAGCUACCCUUGUUACACAUUCCAGAAUGAAACGCUGUCAAAGAAGGAAGAUUUCAUUGUUCAAGAUCUCGAAGUGUGGACGUUUGAAUAAACAUGUUACAGAAAGAAAUUGGUUGCCUUAGUUAUGAACAUGGUUUACAUAAGGGCCAACAGUUGUGAGGACUGGUUGGUACAUUCACACUGCUGGCUGCCUUAGAACACACAACACAGUGCUUGGGAAGUUGUCUGUGCCACAGCAUGAUGGCUAAACUGUGCUGCUUUAGAGAAUCAAAACCACAGAAUGUUGGCUCAAGGAAACACUAAAGAAAGUGAUGUUUGCCUCCAUAUUAUUCCUGGAAAUGUUUCAUUUUUAACCUUAAUUCAUAUCAAGAUGUGAACCAAUAUUUUGUUAGGCUCUUUAUGAAGCGCUUGUGUUUAUAACGAAGGGGAAUUAAAUGCACUAGUCAUUGAAAAUGUCUGUCUCACGUUUGUGUGUUAGUAAUCGCAGUAAUUGUGGAUAGAAUGUGGCAGUAAUGUUUCAAAAACAAUAAUACUUUAACACUUUUUCCUAAGUUUUUUUUUUCACUCUUGUGUGUCACUGAGUAAUUCUACAAAAACAUUGUAGCCUUGAUAAACGUAGUCCAAGAACUGAAAAAGAUGUAUAAACUGUUUUUGUUUAGUUUUGUGUUUUUCAAUUAUUUAGUUGGGUUAAACUUUCUUUUAUAUAUUUAAAAGAAACUGUUUUAAAUGAACUGUGUAUUCCCUUAUUAUAUAAGGACACUGUUAUGGUUUAUUUUUUAAAAGUUGUUCAUCAGUCUUUUGUUUCAGUGCAGGCACUGGAUUUAAAGAAAUUCAGUGUUUCCUUCAAGUUUAUUUAAAUGUCAUUAUGUCAUUUUUAAACGUCACUCUACAAUCAAGGUCUUUUGCUGCACAGCAUGCAGGACCAAAUGCCUUAGGCUUGUUAAUAAAGGCAGAGAAAACCUUUUUUAACUAAAUGAUCAAGGAUAAUUGCUUCAGUAUGAUAUUUUCCCCAUUGUCUCUGAAAAUGUUUUUUUUUCUGUCCACUGUCUUGUGAGUUGAUGAUUGUUCAUAUGUUUGAAAUGCAGUCAUUUCAAUGUUUAAUGUCCUAAUGCUGUUGGUAGAUUUGUAAUGCUAACAUUUAUAGUUUGGUUGGAAAAAAACAUCGUAGUUAUAUGUAUGAACUAGCCACAUCUUCAGGAGAGAGACCAACUGAUACAAAUUUUCUGGCUAUUAAAAUGGCUAUUAGUUCACCAUAAAAUGUGUUCUCUUGGAAUGUCAUAUCCUUGCACCAGAAGCAUUCAGACAUUGUUUUAGACAUUGUUUUCUAUUAGAUUAAAACAUGUUUGCUGUUAUUAGAUCAAGUUGCUCACAAAAUAUUUUAUUGUCCAAAGCUUAUCAUUAUUCUCAAUGUUAAUGAUCAAUACAAGUAUCAAUUUUGAAGUUGGAAGCAAUUAUUUUUGUGACUAAAGUCUUAAUUUUUGAAAAUUGCAAAUGGUAGUUUGUUCUGUCACCUUUUGUUACUAAAUAAAAUGUAAACAUUGCUUAGACAUUACAGGUAUAAAAACAUUGUUGAAUCAUGCUAGAGGAAAAAUACAGUGAGUAGUGUUCUAUACUGUGAUCUUUGUGAGACCAAAUCUGUGGUAUUACCAAGAUUAUAUUUAUUGUACUGUUGCAAUGUUUUAAAAUAAAAACAAAUAUAUCUAA